UUGGAUCCUGCAUUUUCCAAAAUCCGGAUCUUGAAGCUGUGCCAAGGCGCAGACAGCUCUCCCAUUAGGUGCGAGCUGCAAGUCGUCUCCUUGGACGACAACCCAUACUACGGAGCGCUCUCCUACGUCUGGGGUGAUUGCAACAUCACAAAAUCUAUCCACGUCAAUGAGGUUCGAUUCGAAGCCACAGCAAACCUGUUCGACUUUCUGCAUAGCCUGCGGCUCGCCACAACAGAUAGAUACCUAUGGGCGGACGCGAUUUGCAUCGAUCAGAGUAACGAGGAAGAGAAGAGUCAUCAGAUUGGACUCAUGACGCGAAUCUAUCGCCAGGCGAACGAAGCACAUGUGUGGUUUGGU